CAGGUCCCGACCCACUCUCUUCCUAUCGCGUCCGCUUCCCUUCCUCUGCUCCUCUCCCCCCUCCCUAUCACUUUCGCGUCCGCUUUCCCCGCGAGGGCGGCUGCUCCUUUCGCGUCCGCUUUCCCCGCGAGGGCGGCUGCUCCUUUCGCGUCCGCCUUUCCUUCUAUAUUUAUUGCCCGCUUCCUCAAGCUCUUUCACGUCCGCUUCAGUCCCCCCUCCGCCUCCGCCUCCGCCUCCGGCUCUUACGUGCCGCCGACCGGGCUCGUACCCGUUGCCUGGCGCGCUGAGACGUGGCAAUCGGGCACGCGGCGCAGUCUCGCCUUCGCCCAUCCCCCUUUUCUUCCCCCGCCCCGCGCCCGGAGUAGAUACACCGAGAUGUCGGUGCAGUCUGAUGUGAUGGGGACCGCCGAGGACCUCGCUGACCAGUUUUUACGUGUGACCAAGCGUUUCCUGCCUCAUGUUGCACACUUGUGUCUGAUCAGCACAUUCUUGGAAGAUGGGAUUCGCAUGUGGUUCCAAUGGAAUGAACAGUGUGACUACAUCAACAUGGCCUGGCACUGUGGGAACUUCCUUGCCACCAUGUUUGUUUUGCUUAAUAUGGUCGGGCAGCUAGGUGGUUGCAUCCUGGUGCUGAGUCGGAAGUUUGUGCCUUAUGCUUGCUGUGGUUUAUUUGUACUCAUUGCUAUGCAGACUGUUGCAUACAGUAUUCUCUGGGACCUUAAAUUCCUUAUGAGGAACCUUGCACUGGGUGGUGGCUUGCUGCUACUGCUGGCUGAGUCUCGAUCCGAAGGGAAAACCAUGUUUGCAGGUGUCCCUACCAUGGACACUAAUUCCCCACGGCAGUACAUGCAGUUGGGAGGCCGUGUUCUGCUUGUCCUAAUGUUCAUGACUUUGUUGCAUUUCUCCAUGAAUGCACUUAUGAUUCUUCAAGACAUUGUUGGCACUACUUUGAUAAUCCUUGUGGCGAUUGGUUUCAAGACUAAGUUAGCUGCUCUCACACUGGUCAUUUGGCUCUUUGCAUUGAAUCUGAUUCAGAAUCCAUUUUGGAGAAUCCCGGUUUACAAGCCCAUGCAUGACUUCCUAAAGUAUGACUUUUUCCAAACCAUGUCUGUGAUUGGUGGCCUUCUGUUAGUUGUAGCAUUGGGACCUGGUGGAGUCUCGAUGGAUGAACAUAAGAAGAAGUGGUAAAGAGGUUCUUCUGAAGAGAAAUAUAUAUAUAUAUAUAUUUGUGUAAUUUUUUAAUUAUUUUUACUACAGUAUCAGUUCUUUCUGUCUGAAUCUGAAUUAUUUUACUAUUGAAUCUCCUUCAUGUGAUGCAUAAAUUAAAAACAACACACAUCAGUCUUACUGUUGCUUUUCCUCCAAGUAUUUAAUAUUAGGUGAUGUUAAAAUUGGUGCCAAAAUUUACCAGGCAGUUAUUUCAGGUACAGUAUUUCUUUACAGUACCUUCGGUACUGCUUCAAAGAUGGGGAAUGUUUCUUCUGUUUUCUGGGCUUUGAUGUUUCAGACAAUCUAUUUAACGAAUUUCUGUGUGCAGGCUUACUUAACAGGAGGUUGGAAUAUUCUGAGGUUUGAUGGUGAAAUGAAUGUUGAGAGUGCCAUAUUUUGAUUCAGAUGUAUAAUAGCAUGUGGCUAUUAAACAUUCCUUAACCUUGGACCAUUCCAACUUGUAUCAUGAAUAAAACAAAAUACCUUUGAAAAAUUGGUCAAGCUCAUUUUGAAAUGGUGUAAUGAGUGGAACUUUCAGAUUUUGUAAUCCUUCAGGUGUCAUGCUACAACUGCCUUGCUACAAACUGAAGUGCCUUGCACAGCAAUAUUUUAAUGUGUUGAGUUUCGAGCUUAAUUGUUCCUGUACAGACAGCAACUUUGAAACUAUACCUGUGUCCCAUUCCUCACCUAACCUGAAACAACUAUUUGAAAAAAAAAAUUUUAAUCAUUAUUUUAAAAUAACUUGUCUUAGGCAAAGCAGCAUCUGCAUGACUGAAACAAAGGUACACCCAAUACUUAUACACUGUCCGUCUCAACAAGCAAUCAAGAGCUCAAUUAAAGUUAGUACAGUUUGUAAUAUAUAAUCUUUUGACAGAUAUAAUCCUAGUCCCUUAAAUGCUCAAGUUGUUGACAAUGUUUCACUUGUUGUUAUUAGUUCUUUAACAUUUGCGGGUCUCAGUUGUCCAUGUGUUUAGUGUCACUUUUUUUAUUAAUUACAUUUUUGAAGCCAAAGUUUUAGAUUUUAUUUUUGCCAGGAAUUACCCCAAACUGUUACACAGCAAUUGCUCUUGAAUAGCCUGAUUAGAUUUUUAAGGGUAAUUCCCCCCUGUUUGGGCCCCUCCCUAGAUGAAACAGGUUGAGUAGUUUCCCUGUUCCUAAAGUUAGUGUGAAUUUCCCCCUUUCUGUGUUAAUAUAUUUGUAAUUAACCAAUUUGGGGAAAAAUUCACGUGUGGCCCACUUUUCUUUUAAAGAGGCUACGCUCCAUUGACUGUGAGGAUGGUUUAGAAAAAGCAAUUUGCAGCCAGAUCUUCUCUGGUAACCAUUGGGCUUGUCAUAUUGGCCUUCUUAUUGGAGUUGAAUCGAUUCAAGAUCUUGGAGGGAAUGAAAGAAGGCUCCAGAUCACGUGUAAAAUCAAAGUUCCAACCUUCCAAAAAUUCGACAGUUUACUUUUUAAAGUCACUUUCAACCCUGUAGUAACUUUUUCACUGAUACCUCAGAUACAUAAAUUGCCAAAAUAUAAUCUGUUACAGACACACAACCAUUUUAUAAAUAAAUUUGUGUUUAGUACAAAAAUGUCUUAAAUCUGUGGCGGUAAGUGCAGCCAAUGAUGAUUUUUGAAUGUCUUGACAUUGUGGUUGUAUUUGCAGUUCUGCUGAAGACUCAUUAAAUGCAUUCAAAAAUUA